AUGGGGAGCCCUGAACCGGUCAAGACUCCGGCGAUGACCUUAAGGACGCCGGAAUCUCGGGGUUUGUUUGCCCGGAGCCCUUUAACUGAAGAAGCCAUGUGGAAGAGGCUUAAAGAGGCUGGCUUUGAUGAGGAGUCUAUUAAACGCAGGGAUAAAGCCGCCCUCAUUGCUACUAUUGCCAAGCUUGAAACUGAGAAAUAUGAGGUUGAACAUCAUUUGGGCCUUCUUCUGUUGGAACGAAAAGAAUGGACUUCCAAGCAUGAAGAAUUGAAAGCUAGUGCUGAAUCUGCCGAAUCGAACUACAGAAGAGAACAGGCUGCGCAUGCUUAUGAUUUGGCUGAAGCAAAGAAACGAGAAGAUGCUUUGAAGAAAGCUCAUAGCAUUGAGAAGGAAUGUGUUGCAAAUCUUGAGAAGGCACUGCAUGAGUUGCGAGCUGAAUCUGCGGAAGCAAAAGUUGUAGCUGAGAGUAAAUUAGCAGAAGCGAGAAGCAUGAUGGAAGAAGCUGAAAAGAAAUUUACAGAGGCUGAGGUGAAAAUCCAUGCUGCAGAAUCUUUGGAGCAAGAAGCCAGCAGGUACCACCGCACUGCCGAAAGAAAGUUGCGGGAAGUCGAAGAGCGUGAAGACGAUCUUAGGAGACGGAUAACUUCUUUCAAAUCUGAUUGUGAUGCUAAAGAAAAUGAAAUCAACCUUGAGAAGCAAUCUUUACGUGACAGGCAAAAAGUUUUGCAGCAGUCUCAAGAAAGAUUGCUUGAUGGGCAAUCUUUACUUAAUCAAAGGGAAGAGCACAUUCUUAAGAGAUCUCAAGAAUUGGAUGGCUUGCAAAAGGAAUUAGAAGCCUCUAAGAUGGAUAUGGAGAAUGAACGUAAAUCUCUUACUGAGAGAAAGCUAGAAUUGGAGCUUCUCGCAACAUCCUUAUCGGCCAGAGAGGAGGCUGUUAUCAGCAAGGAGUGUGAAAUCAAAAAGAAAGAGGAGGAUCUAUCCAUUCUUCGUGCUAAACUUGAAACCAAAGAAUUUGAAGUAGUCCAACAAGCAAUGGCCAGAAGUGAAGCUGAACUUGACCUGAAAAACUCUGCUUUUGAGGCAGAGAUGGAUAAGAGACGCAAAUUGGUAGAAGAAGAAAUUGAAGCCAAAAGGCGGGCUUGGGAACUGAAGGAAAUUGACAUGAAGCAAAAGGAGGAUCUCCUUGUGGAGAAAGAGCAUGAGUUCGAGAUUCAAUCUAGGGCAAUUUCUGAAAAGGAAAAAGAUUUGGAAGAAAGGUUCCAGUUGAUUGAAGAAAAACAAAAGAAGCUCACUGAUGAUGAAGAAAAGCUCAAGUUGGAUCUUUCCCUAAUACAGAAAGAAAAGGAAGAGAUGAGUAUUACGAAGCUUGACCUUCAGAAGUCUUUGGAUUCUUUGGAGGAAAAGAAGAAACAAGUCCAUUAUGCAGAAGCGAAGCUUGAGACAAUGACAUAUGAAACAAAUGAACUAAUUGUCUUGGAAGCUAAACUGAAAGAGGAGAUUGAUAUGAUCAGAACGCAGAAACUGGAGCUUGCGGCUGAAGCAGAGCAAUUGAAAGAUGAAAAACUAAAUUUUGAGAUAAAGUAUAAUUCAAUUGAUGAGAAGUUAGAGGAGUUGAGAAAAGAAAAAGAAUCUCUUGCUGAAGAGAAGAUGGUUAUUAACAAGUUUCUUAAGGAUGAAAGAGAGAGCCUUCACUCGGAGAAAAAUGCAAUGCGUGAGCAAUACCAGCGUGAUCUGGAGUUGCUUUCUCGUGAUCGUGAAGCCUUUAUGGGUGAAGUAGAGCGUGAAAGGUCUGAGUGGUUCAAUAAAAUACAAAAAGAGCGCGAAGACUUGUUGCAUGAUGUCGAGAUACAGAAGAAUGAACUAGAGAAUCGUGUUGAGAAGAGACGUGAAGAAAUAGAAAGUUACCUUAAGGAAAAAGAGGAAGCUUUUAAUGAAGAAAAGAAAAACGAGCUUAUGCGAAUUGCUUCCCUUAGAGAAACAGUGGAGAAGGAAAUGGAAUUUGUAAACUCAGAAAUGAAAAGACUUGAGGCUGAGAGAGACCAGAUCAACUUGGAUCAUCAAAAACGAAACAAGGAAUGGGCUGAAUUGAAUGAAUCGAUAGAAGAACUUAAAAUGCAAAGACAAAAAUUGGAGAAUCAGAGAGAACUGUUACACGCUGAUAGGAAGGAAAUUCUUGCUCAGAUUGAGGAAUUGAGGAAAUUGGAGGACUUGAAAUACAUUCCAGAUCGUAUCACUCCACAAAAACUAUUGCCAAAGAGCAGUGGUAAUUCAGGUCAGAGAGUUGUUACCUUUAAUGGCACUGGACAGAGUUUAAUUGGCAGGAAAGAAACAGCUACUCCGCCUUCUCCUCUCUCUGCUCCCUUUUCAUGGCUUAAACGCUGUGCUGAUACAUUGCUUGAGCAAAAGCAGAACAAUAAAAGAAGGAAGCAAGAGAAAGAUGUUACUGAACCAUCGGAUAUUCUUUCUGCCAGUCCAUUGGCAAAGGAAGCAAGUACUGCAGAAAUCAAUCAUUCUGCAAGGCCUCUUAACGAAACACCAGUUGGUUCUAGGGAGACUACAGUGUACAUUGACAAAGUAAUAACCACGACGGAAGUAACUGUAUUUGAUAUUGGUGCAGUUGCCGGGAAUGGCAAGGAAUUGAUGCCCCAGGAGAGUGAUGAGAAACUGGAGAAUAGCAAUGGGGUGAAGGCAAAUGGUAAUGGGAAGGUUUGA